AUGGAUUCAAAAUGGUCUACAAAUUCGACUGCAAAAGGUCCUCGUAACUACAGAGUUACCUAUGACCCUGAAUUGGAUACGCAAGGGCUAAAGAAAAGCUCUCAAACCACCUAUGAAUAUCAACCCUCAGAUCUAACUUCCUUGACAAUUGCUCCUCGAGAUCCUCGACAGGACAAAUUGUUUUACGAAAGAAACUUUCUGAAAGGUCGAUACCAUUACAGGAAACAGUUCCACGUCGUUGAAUACAAGUUUGAUAAAAAUUCAUAUGGACCCAAACCAGCUACCAAAGUGUUGGUGUCUCGACUCUCACCAUUAAUGACAGAAACACAAAUUAUGACAUAUUUCUCAGUGUACGGUCAAGUCAAGUCAGUCGAUAUCGAAAAAAAUCCAACAACAGGUGGUUCAUUUGGCAUUGCUCAUGUUUCCUUUGCCAGUGAUGGAAUCACAGACGGUCAUGCCUCGGCGUGUCUUGCUGUUGAAAAGGGAAACGGACGAAAAAUGGGAGUUGCAGAAUCUGUCAAAGUGUGCUUUGAUCCUACAGGCGAGAAAUUGAGGCUAGCCAUAGAGGAUUUCAACCGACCUGUUCCUUCACCCAAAUUAGAACCAGUGCGAUCCACAUUGACAACAGCAGCAACAACAUCAACGGCAGCAGCACCAAAUUCACCGUUACACAGGAGCAGCAGCAGCAGAUAUGACAGUUACCAUGGCCACCACCAUGAUCGCCGGUAUCCGGACGACCUUGACAGCGAUUGGGACAGAUAUGAUUCUAGACAGUACUCUCGGCCCAGAGAUGAUUAUCAUCGCAGCAGUAGUAGAUAUUAUGACGAUUACCGAUAUAGAGAUGAGAGGCCAUCAUCCCGAUAUGGAGGCAGUGGAUAUUCUCGAUAUUCAUCACCGAGACGCUUAGAUUCCCCAGAACAUCAUUCAAGACACCGAUCUCGAUGGGACAGCCCAGGCAUGGAUUCACCAGACUCAAGAUAUAGAAGUAGGAGUAGGAGCCGAAGUUUGGAUAGACGAGACAGCUAUUAUCGAUAUGAUGAUGAUUAUUAUGGCAGAGGGGAAAGUCGUCGUCGAUCCGAAUAUUGGGAUGAGCAUUACAGCAGAAAGCCAGCACCUGUGUCAUCAUCACAGUCUCGUCCAAUCUUGAUGAUUUCGAAAAACUGCUUACCUUUCAUCAGAGGCGCUUUAGAGGAUUUAAAAAAGAUAUACUACUACUACAACUGCAUUGAUAUUUACCACGACGAUUCGGAUUGGUUGAUUGUCUUUGAUUCACUUACAAUCGCAAAAAGGGCUUUGGAUGCUACAAAUGAUCAGCAGCAAGUGUUGGGGCACAAGUUAUUGCUUACUCUGCGAGACUCAUCAGUUUCUGCUGCUGUAAAGAGUGGUAGUCAAGACCUGCCUGUUGCUGCGAGUAAUGGAAGAGUAGAAACGUCAGCUGUUACAGCCAGCAUCCAGCAAGCUGAUAUGAACACUACGAGUGCAACUAAUGAGGCAAAUGCAGUGAUCAAUCAAACAGCAUCUGAGCAUUCUACGGCAGAAAUGACUACUACCACAACAACGACCCAGGUUGUUUCCGAGCCACCAGCACCAGCAAAGCCCUUGACAGUCGAGGAGAUUUUAUUCAACGAACUGGCGGAUGUCUUUUUGAAGGAUUUGAAGAAUCGUGUUGCAGGGCCAUCUAUUCAUGAUUUCUACAAAUCGGCAAAAGCGUUGAGGUUGGAGAAGGAAGCUGCUGCUGCUGCUGCUGCUGCUGCUGCGGCCGCUACUGUCAGUCUUGUUGAAAGCCCUGGAAAUCAAUCAAAUGACGCAGACUCCAGCGAAAAAAUGAAUGGACAUAGCAGCAAUAAGACACCAACAUCGCAAGCAGAUCUCAUUGGAUCUAUUCUGCCGUCCAUGAAGAUUGCCAAGCUACCAAAAUUUAAAAAGAAGCAAAAGCCACUACCAAAGCGAGAUUAUGAAUCAUUUUUGUAUGAUGAGCUUGAACAAAGUACAUCCUCUACACCCUUUGCAACAACACACACUCAUAGCCAGAACCAAGCAUCCACAUCAGCGUCAACCAACGUCAAGCAAGGGUCACCCACAGCAGACACGCCUGUGUUUUCAACAUCUUCAAGUUCAGAGGAGGGCGAAUACCAUUCAGGUCUUGAAGAGUCUGGCAGCGAUACAGCAAUGGGGGACGCCAAAGACGAUGCAUCUACAGCGGAAUCAUCGCCUGCCAUUGACCGCAAACCCAAGAAAAUGAUCAAACCUCGUAGUUUGCGCGACUACAUCAGCGACGAAGAGAGCGAUGUGGAGCACGAUUUAUUUUUGAAGAGGCUUCACCAGCAAGAAGACGAGUUCAAUGACACAGAUACAGAUGAAGAUGAUUUUGUGGAAAACGACUAUAUGCAGGAAAUCAGAAAGCGUAAACGAGUUGGACAAAAGAAAUCAGCACUGAAAAAGAAGAGGCAGCACAGUGAAGAUGACACCAGCGAUUACGAUUCAUCCUCCAAAUUGAAACUAAAGCAAAAGACAAAACAAGUGCGAAAAAAGAAGAAGAGUGAUCUGACAGCACCGCCAUUACCCGAUAGAAUUUAUGAAGUGAUAGAAGAGGACCUCUCCAAGGACAGUUCUUCCGGACAAGAUGAAUAUGAAGACGAAGAAGAAGAGGCAUACGAAGCAGAGGAAGAAGAGGACGAAGACGUGAUUCAAGAUACCAAGAUUGUGAUCAAUCAAGAAGAAUUAGAAAAGUCCUUGUUGGCUCCUGAAGAAUCGGAUAGCGAGGAGCUAGCAGAGUUUAAAACCACGGAUAACGAUCCACCCGAAUGGGACCCAUUCAACCAAAUCAAGGAGCCAGAAGACUACUAUUUCCUCAGAGCAGCACUACUGGAAAGAGUCGGCAUUCCACCCAAAGAAGUGGUCAAUGAACAUAUCAAAGGAGGCUGUGCUCGAGCGCGCGGCGUAUAUACCAUUCCUGAUUCAAUGAAAGCUACCUAUCUGCCUAAAAACAAGGCCGUCAUUGAUGUACCAGCAGAUACUGGCAGGAUCUCAUCUCGUGCAACCCGUGUUAAUAACCGUCGUUUGGUGGUGGGCAUGGAAAUGCAGAAAAAGACAAUCGAUUCUGAUAUUCUCAAGUUCAACCAACUACAAAGUCGAAAGAAACAGCUGAGGUUUGCCAAAUCGCCUAUUCAUGAUUGGGGUCUAUACGCUGAAGAGCAUAUUGAUGUCAACGACAUGGUGAUUGAAUAUGUGGGCGAAGUCAUUCGACAACAGGUAGCUGAAGAACGAGAAAAGCAGUAUGAACGGUGUGGCAUUGGAAGUAGUUAUCUGUUUCGUGUGGACGACGAUACGGUGAUUGACGCUACAAAAUGUGGUAACGUUGCUCGGUUCAUCAAUCAUUGCUGUGCUCCAAAUUGCAGUGCCAAAAUUAUUACAGUCGAUAAGCAAAAGAAAAUUGUUAUAUAUGCAAAUCGAGAUAUUGAGCCUGGAGAAGAAAUUACAUAUGAUUACAAAUUUCCAAUUGAAGCUGACAAGAUACCCUGUUUGUGUGGUAGUAAAUUUUGCAAGGGAACACUCAAUUAA